AUGACACUUAUCCAGACUGUUAAGAAUAAGACCCUGAAAGGCCAUAAGGCCAUCAUCUUUGCAACAAAACAGACACCCCAGGCCCAGUUCGACGCCAUCCGGAAGCAAUUCCCCGAUCUCACGAUCAAGACAUUCAUCUCAUCAUGGGGUGCACCAUUGGAUCCUGAAUUUGAUGAAGAGGAGUGGAAGGAUACUACUGUGUUCCUGACGGCCACUUACCUGCCCAAACCGGAGCAGGUACCCCAUCUGUUGUAUGUUCAGCUUCAGAGCGCGGGCGCAAACCACCUUCUCCAGCGUCCCCUCUUUGCCGAUACCAAGGUUCCAUUCUCUACUGCUAAUGGUGUUCAUGGACCUCAAAUCGCGGAAUGGGUCAUUGCAACCUAUUUGUCUCACCGAAUUCGCUUGAAAGAGUAUGCAAAGCUCCAAGAAGAGAGAAAGUGGAAGUCUCUCAAUCGGAAUAAUGAAGAUACCUCGGAUACUGCUGGCAAGCGAAUUGGAAUUUUGGGCUACGGCAGCAUCGGUCGUCAAACAGCCCGUGUUUCCAAAGCUCUGGGUCUAGACGUCCACGCUUAUACUCUUCACCCGCGCAAGACCCCCGAGUCUCGUCGUGAUGACUCCUACUCCCCUCCUGGUCUUGGUGACCGAGAAGGCGAGUUCCCCAGCAAGUGGUUCUCCGGAGAUUCCAAGGAAGACAUCCACGCCUUCCUUGACUCCGGGCUUGAUAUCCUUGUCAUCUCGACACCCUUGACUGAGAAGACCAAGGGUCUGAUUUCAAAGCCUGAGUUUGAGAUUCUCGGAAAGAAGCGCACCUUUGUGAUUAACAUUGCUCGCGGACCUAUUGUCAACACAGAUGACCUCAUCGAGGCACUGAAUUCAGAGACCAUCGCUGGUGCCGCGCUGGAUGUUACUGAUCCGGAGCCUCUACCAGAGGAGCAUCCUCUCUGGAGGGCCAAGAACGUUACCAUUACGCCUCAUAUCAGCGGUAACUCUUCGCUGUACUUUGAAAGAGUGUUGGAUAUCUUCAGGUUGAAUCUGGAAAGGCUGAGUGAGGGACGGAAUGAUUUUAUUAACAAGGUUAACCGAAGAGAGGGCUACUAA